AAAGCAUGUUUAUGAAAUGUAGUUUCGUUUUGAAAAUCUACUCAAGUCUGUCUUGAUUUGUUUUUAUGAAUGAUUACUUCAUAAUGGAAGCAGAUUUAACUGGUCGCUGGAAUCAUGUGCAGAAGUUUUUGGAGAGAGGUGGACCCUUUGCUCAUCCAGAUUUUGAACCAAGUUCUGAGACCCUAUCAUUCCUACAGGAAGUAUGUAAAAUCCUGGUUAUAGGAGCAGGAGGCCUAGGAUGUGAACUCCUGAAGGACUUGGCUUUGAUGGGAUUUCAGAAUAUUACUGUGAUAGACAUGGACACCAUAGACAUCUCAAAUCUCAACAGACAGUUUUUGUUCAGGAAAAAAGAUGUCGGACGAUCAAAAGCAGAGGUAGCUGCAGAGUUUAUCAACAACCGAGUCCCAGGAUGCAAAGUGGUGCCUCAAAACUGCAAAAUACAGGAUUUUGAUGAAACAUUUUAUAGAGAAUUCCAUAUCGUUGUGUGUGGUCUAGAUUCCAUUGUGGCAAGGAGAUGGAUGAAUGGAAUGCUGGUUAGUAUGUUGAAUUAUGAAGAUGGAGAACUAGACCAGAGUACUGUGAUACCAAUGAUUGACGGGGGAACGGAAGGAUUCAGGGGCAAUGCAAGGGUCAUAUUCCCAGGCUUAACAGCUUGUGUGGAUUGUACUCUUGACCUCUACCCUCCUCAAGUGAAUUUCCCCCUCUGUACCAUUGCACAUACACCAAGAUUGCCUGAACACUGUAUAGAAUAUGUAAGGAUUCUGCUUUGGCCAAAAGAGGAACCAUUUGGAGCUGGGGUGAAAAUUGAUGGUGAUGAUCCAACACACAUCAAAUGGAUAUUGCAGAAAAGUAUAGAACGUGCAGAUGAAUUUAACAUCACAGGGAUAACCUACAGACUUACACAAGGUGUUGUGAAAAGAAUUAUUCCAGCUGUAGCAUCAACUAAUGCACUUAUUUCAGCUGCCUGUGCAACAGAAGUUUUUAAGAUAGCAACAAGUUGUUGUUUACCCCUAAGUAACUAUAUGAACUUCAGCGAUACAGAUGGAAUAUAUACCUACACAUUUGAAGCAAUGCGUAAGGAGGAUUGUAUGGUCUGUAGUAAGAUACCACAGACUCUGAAUUUCUCAGAGACUGACAAAUUACAAGAUGUACUUACAUACCUAAUGGAAAGUCAGGAAUAUCAAAUGAAAUCUCCAGGAAUGACAACAUCACUAAAUGGAGCCACUAAAACCUUGUAUAUACAGACUGUGAAAUCGAUAGAGGAACGAACAAAAGCAAAUCUCAAACUUACUCUCAAAGAGCUAGGACUGGUGGAUGGUCAGGAGCUUUAUGUAGCAGAUCCUACCACACCCAUGACUGUCACUUUUAAACUACAACUUGGCUCAAACAUGGAAUGACCAACACCAACAUAGACUGUUUAUCAAGGUUCCAAAUGACAAUUAAUGGCUGUUGUUGGCUACAACAUCACUCCUAUCUCUAUUUAUUUUCAAAAUACUUAUAUACUAUCAAUGACAUGUGAUAAAACAUUUAGGAUAAUCAUCAGUUUGUAACUUUGCAUGGUGAGCGAUAUUUAGUCUUGUUAUGUACUCUGUUAGUGGUGUUGAAUUCCAUCUUGUGAACAAGGUAACCAAUGUCAUGAGGAAUCCUGAUGUCAAACAGAAUCAAGUCAGCCGUGUCAUCAGAGAAUCAAGUCAGCCGUGUCAUCAGAGAAUCAAGUCAGCCGUGUCAUCAGAGAAUCAAGUCAGCCGUGUCAUCAGAGAAUCAAGUCAGCAGUGUUAUCAGAAGUCAGUCGUGUCAUCAGAAAAUCAGUAUUAAGUAAUAAAAGGACAUGGAAUUGUAUGUGUUCUGAAUUGGAUAAAUCAUUUGUGUCAUGAUGGAUGGUUGAGACAUUAAAGUUUCACAACAAUCUACCUGUAAUAUAUGCUGAGACUACCAUUAUUGUGGUCAUGUCUUUAAUAAUCUGAUCACAAAGAUGUACUAGACCAUUUAUUCCCUGAAUGCAGUAAAACGAGACACUUGUGGAUAAUUUAUAAAUAAAAACUUAACUGUAAA